AUGGCACUAGAAGCCAACAACAAAGCCAUUCAAUGCAAGGUCUUUUCCACAACUUUCUCUGGGCCAGCUCUGCUGUGGUUCAGACAAUUAAAGCCUGGAUCCGUCAACAAUUUUAGUGACCUCCGACGAACUUUUCUCCAACAAUAUAGUGCGAAUCGUGAGGCACCAAGAACAAUGGCAGAGCUCUAUCGGAUCGAGCAAGGGGAAAAUGAACAUCCGAAGUCGUAUCUACAACGUUUCAUUGAUCUCGUGCAUCAGAUCCACGACGUCGACCUAGUUACCGCAGCCAAUCUCUUCGUCAAAAGCUUGCAAGUGGGAUCUCUCUUGCACAAAAAUCUCACCAUGACACCAACUUAUGACAUGGCUGAGAUCCAGAUCCGAGCCGAGGGCGUCUUCAGAGUCCUAGAAUUUCGAGAGCGUGCACAGAAGAAAUCUGCACUUAUCUCCGCUCCACCAGCAAAUAACCCUCCACCACUUGCUAGAGAUGACAAGAGGAAGAGGCAACAGACGGACCACGCAAAGGAAGGGAAGAGGCCAAGACAGAACCGAGAGUCACCGUGGCACCCUUCCUUCGAAUACUCCAUUCCACAGGAAAUCAUUUAUGAAGAAAAUAAAGACAGACCUAUCUGGCAUGAGCCGUAUAAGAUUACCACUCCUCCAGACAGAAGAGAUAAAAAUAGAUACUACCUCUUCCAUAAAGAUCCCAGUCAUACGGUCGCUGAAUGCCACAACUUGAACAAUCAGAUCUAG